UCUGUGGCAGGAACUUCAAAACUCAACAUGGCCGCUGCUGCGAGUGGUUUCGCGUAUUUCUUCUUGCCUUACACAGCUAUUUCUCUCGUUAUCUAUUACCUGGCCCUGCGUCGUAAGAAGCCUGAGAAGAAGAACGGCAAAGCCAAGAAUGUGUUGGUAGUAACAGCCCAUCCGGACGACGAGUGCAUGUUCUUUGCACCCACGAUUCUGCAGCUGGCGCGAGAACCGAACACGCAAGUGUAUCUUUUGUGUUUGUCAACAGGUGAUUACUAUAAGCAUGGUGAAGUCAGAGAGAAAGAACUCGUAGCUAGCUGCAACAUCCUAGGAUUGAACAACUCAGAGAAAGUCACUGUGGUGAAUAAUGAGAAGUUGCAAGACAACCCGGAUAUUUUCUGGGACUCUGAUGUCGUGGGGGAGCACGUCCUAAACCAUACCAAGAAACAUGAUAUCGAUACGAUCUUCACGUUUGAUGGUUCAGGCAUCAGUGGUCACAAGAAUCAUAUAUCUUGCUACACAGCUGUCAGGACCCUGAUGGAAUCACAUAAGCUACCCAAAGGUACCAAGUUGUACUUCCUUCAGAGUGUCUCCAUUCUCAGGAAGUACCUGUCUUUCCUUGAUCUCCCCUUCAGCAUGCUGCUUCACAGACACAUGUUCCUGGCUGGGCCUAGUGAUGUUUGGAUAGCUCAGCGAGCAAUGCGUGCCCACGCCAGUCAGUUUGUCUGGUUCCGUGUUCUCUACAUCUUCUUCUCCCGCUACAUGAUCGUCAACGGCUAUCACAAAAAGAGUGUGCACUAGGUACCAGGAUGGCAGAGGGUGAUGUUACAAUUGGACUUUAAAUUCAUGUUUUAGACUACAUGUAUUCACCACAUUUGUCUCCCAAAAGGGAUGGGUUCAGUCCAGUUUUGUACUAGGCUUGGCAAAUUGUAGCUUGGAAUCGAGUAUAAUAAUACAAACCAUACUUUGAAAUGGAACAGGGAUUCUGGGUUUUUUUUAGGUACCAGUGCCUAGUGGCAACAAAUCUAUCCCCUACUCCAAAAUUGAUUCCAGACAAUUCAAUAUUAUGAAGCCCGGGAAGGGACAGGUUGGAAAUGUUUUUUGUAAUUUG